AUGAAGAAGAGCGCUCCCCGGGUCUGUGUGGCAUACAGGAAGAAGUUGAAUAAGUCUCAGAAACACAAAGCUUUCAUUUUUUCCUUUUAACAAUACGCCUGCAGUGCAGUUUGUUGCGCUUUCGCCUUCUUCCUUUUUCUCGGUCGACUUUCUGACCCGUGGAAGUGGGAGUAUGAAGGUGAAUCUGAGGGUUGCUGCUGAAGUGGGGGCGCCUUAACGUGUGGAUUACUUCAGCCGAGGACCAGUGCCAUUUGUUCAUAAAUGGAAAAGCAGAACGAAUCUAAAGCGCGUCUUCAGUGAAAAAUGUCAGAGCACAGAUCCAGCUUUCUUCACAUUGGAGACAUUGUGUCUCUGUACGCGGAAGGAUCGGUGAAUGGCUUCAUCAGUACUUUGGGGCUUGUCGAUGACAGGUGCGUGGUCCAGCCUGAUGCUGGAGACCUUGCCAAUCCGCCCAAAAAGUUCAGAGAUUGCCUCUUCAAGGUGUGUCCCAUGAACAGAUACUCAGCCCAGAAGCAGUUCUGGAAGGCAAAGCAAGGAAAACAAGGAAACAACAACACGCAAGGAGACCUGUUUAAAAAGUUACAGCAUGCAGCCGAACUGGAGCAGAAGCAGAACGAGUCGGAGAACAAGAAGCUUCUCGGAGAAGUUGUCAAAUACAGCAACGUCAUCCAGCUCCUGCACAUAAAGAGCAAUAAGUACCUGACGGUGAACAAGCGUCUUCCUGCUCUCCUGGAGAAGAACGCCAUGCGGGUUUCUCUGGACCCAGCUGGCAACGAGGGCUCCUGGUUCUACAUCCAGCCCUUCUGGAAGCUGCGCAGCGAAGGAGAUAAUGUGGUGGUUGGAGACAAGGUGGUGCUAAUGCCAGUGAACGCCGGACAGCCCCUUCACGCCAGUAACAUCGAGCUGUUAGAUAAUUUUGGCUGCAAAGAGGUUAAUGCCGUUAACUGUAACACCAGCUGGAAGGUCACCUUGUUUAUGAAGUUUAGCGACUACAGGGACGACGUGUUGAAGGGGGGAGACGUGGUGAGGCUGUUUCAUGCCGAGCAGGAGAAGUUCCUGACCUGUGACGAGUACAAGAAGCAGCAGCAUGUCUUUCUCAGGACCACAUUGCGGCAGUCUGCAACCUCAGCCACCAGCUCCAAGGCCCUCUGGGAGGUUGAGGUCGUGCACUACGACCCCUGCAGGGGUGGAGCCGGCCAGUGGAACAGUCUCUUCCGCUUCAAACACCUGGCGACGGGGAAUUACCUGGCAGCGGAGGUGAACCCUGAAUUCAAAGACAACACGGUGGAAUCUAAAGGAGAGAAUGAAACGGAUACCGUGUUCUCCAAGAGGAAGCAUCAGGCGGCAGAGAAGAUUGCCUUCACCCUGGUUUCUGUUCCCCAUGGGAAUGACAUUGCUUCCCUGUUUGAGUUGGAUGCCACCACUCUGCAGCGGGCUGACUGUCUGGUGCCCAGAAACUCCUACGUGAGACUGAGGCACCUGUGCACCAACACUUGGGUGACCAGCACUAACUUCGCCAUCGAUGCAGAGGAAGACCGUCCGGUCAUGCUCAAGAUCGGCACCUGUCCCACUAAAGAAGACAAAGAGGCUUUUGCCAUUGUGUCGGUUCCCCUGUCGGAGGUCAGAGACUUGGACUUUGCUAAUGAUGCCAGCAAGGUGUUGGAGUCCACCGUGAGGAAGCUCCAGUAUGCCAACAUUGCUCAGAACGAGAGGAGGUUUGUGACUAAGCUUCUGGAGGACCUUGUUUUCUUUGUGUGUGUGGUACCAAACAACGGACAGGAUGUUCUGUCUGUGGUCACCUCUACACCCAACCGGGAGAGGCAGAAACUCAUGAGGGAACAAAACAUCCUUGCCCAGAUAUUUGGCAUCUUGAAGGCUCCAUUUGAUGAUCACGGCGAAGGUCAGAUGCUGAGGUUGGAGGAUUUGGGAGACCAGCGCUAUGCUCACUUCAAGUACAUGUUUAGGCUCUGCUACAGGGUGCUACGACACUCCCAACAGGACUAUCGCAAGAACCAGGAGUACAUAGCCAAAAAGUUCUCAAUCAUGCAGUCUCAGAUUGGAUAUGAGAUCUUGGCUGAGGACACAAUCACUGCGCUCCUGCACAACAACCGCAAGCUGCUGGAAAAACACAUCACAGCAAAAGAGAUCGAGACCUUUGUCAGCCUGCUGAGACGCAACAGAGAACCCCGAUUCCUGGAUUAUCUGUCUGAUCUCUGCGUGUCCAACAAGACCGCCAUCCCCGUCACACAGGAGCUUAUCUGUAAAUUCAUGCUGAAUCCCUCCAACGCAGAUAUCCUCAUCCAGACCAAACUCAUCUCUAACACCGAUACCACCCUGGAGCCCUCUAUGAUGCAGGAUGAGGUGGAGGAUGAGGAGGUUUGGCUCUACUGGAUCGACAGCCACAAGGAGCCCCACGGCAAAUCCAUCCGCCACCUGGCCCAAGAUUCCAAGGGCAACCACAAGAUAGAUGCAGACAUCAUCACCUACUACAGGUAUCAGCUGAACUUGUUUGCUAAAAUGUGCCUCGACCGUCAGUACCUAGCCAUCAACCAGAUCUCCAGUCAGCUGCCCGUCGAUCUGAUUCUGCGCUCCAUGUUCGACGACUGCCUGCCCUACAACCUCCGAGCCUCCUUCUGCCGCCUCAUGCUGCACAUGCACGUGGACCGCGACCCGCAGGAGUCUGUGGUCCCUGUGCGCUACGCCCGCCUCUGGACCGAGAUCCCUUCCAAGAUCACCAUCAAUGAGUUCGAGUACGAGUCGGCUGACAGCUCUAGGGAGGAGAUGAAGAGGAAGUUCGCCCCCACCAUGGAGUUUGUGGAGGAGUACCUUAAAGAUGUGGUCAACCAACCUUUUCCAUUUGGGGAUAAAGAUAAGAAUGAGCUCACACUGGAGGUGGUGAAUCUGGCUCGAAACCUGGUUUACUUUGGUUUCUACAGCUUCAGCGAGUUGCUGCGUCUCACACGCACCCUUCUGGCCAUCCUGGAUAUUGUUCAACACCCACUGUCUUUCAUGAACAAGCUCAACAAGAGCCCAGAAGCUGGCAACAAUGUCCUGCGAACAAUCCACGGCGUUGGUGAAAUGAUGACCCAGAUGGUGAUGAGUCGAGGUGUGCCGCACAGCCUCCCGGACACUUCUCCCUCCCUGCGCUACGGGAAAGGACACUUCCUGCCGGACAACGAGGACGUCAUGGUCAUGGACACCAAGCUGAAGAUCAUAGAGAUCCUACAAUUCAUCCUGAGCGUGAGGCUGGAUUACAGGAUCACGUACUUGUUGUCCAUCUACAAGAAAGAGUUUGGGGACAAGACAUUAACAGAGAACUCUGUCUCUCUUGCUGAAAUGCCUAUAAUGACACCUUCUGAACCUGACAUUGAUGAGAUUACAACAAAAGCGGAGAGCAUGUUUGCUGGAAGCUCUGAGUUAAGUGCGGUGGAGCUGGACGACGAGGGCGGCCGGACGUUUCUGAGAGUUUUGAUCCAUCUAAUCAUGCAAGAUUAUCCCCCGCUGGUGUCUGGCUCUCUUCAACUCAUCUUCAAACACUUCAGUCAGAGAGCUGAGGUGCUGCAGGCCUUCAAGCAGGUCCAGCUGCUGGUGUCGGAGCAGGAUGUGGAGAACUACAAGCAGAUCAAGGCAGACCUGGACCAGCUGCGUCUGACUGUUGAGAAGUCAGAGCUCUGGGUGGAGAAGAGUGGAGUCUACAGCAGCGAAGACCUGGUGGUCAGGCAGGGCAAAGAACCAAACAUUGAGGAGGUUGUUCUGAGUCCAGUGCAGGACGGUGAUAAUAAACCUCAGAUUGACAGCAACAAGGCGAACAACUACAACAUAGUCAAAGAGAUCCUAGUUCGGCUCAGUAAGCUGUGUUAUACCAGUAAAAAGAACCGCGUGCAGCAGCAGAGGCUGCUGAAGAACAUGGGAGCUCACACUGUGGUGCUGGACCUGCUGCAGAUCCCCUAUGAGAAGAUCGACGAGAAGAUGAAUGAGAUCAUGACCCUGGCGCACACGUUCCUGCAGAACUUCUGUAGAGGAAACCCUCAGAAUCAAGUUCUACUACAUAAACACCUGAACCUCUUCCUCACUCCAGGGUUGCUAGAGGCUGAGACGAUGCGUCACAUCUUCAUGAACAACUACCAGCUGUGCAACGAGAUCAGCGACCGCGUGGUCCACCAUUUUGUCCACUGCAUUGAAACGCAUGGAAGACACGUCCUGUACCUCAAGUUCUUACAGACCAUCGUGAAAGCUGAUGGGAAGUACGUGAAGAAGUGUCAGGACAAAGUCAUGACAGAGCUGGUGAACGGUGGCGAGGACGUGCUGGUCUUCUACAACGACCGCUCGUCAUUCUCCGUGCUGCUCCAGAUGAUGGGCUCCGAGCGCGAGCGCACGGAGGAGGAUGGAGCUCUGGCUUAUCACAACACCCUCGUGGAGCUUCUGGCCGCCUGCACCGAGGGAAAGAAUGUCUACACUGAGCUGAAAUGCAACUCUCUGCUACCGCUGGACGACAUUGUCAAAGUCGUCACCGACGUCAACUGUAUCCCAGAGGUGAAAACUGCAUAUGUGAACUUUGUGAAUCACUGCUACGUGGACACGGAAGUAGAAAUGAAGGAGAUCUACACCUCCCCCCAUAUCUGGAGGCUCUUUGACAACUUCCUGGUGGACAUGUCCAGUGUGUGCAACACUACCACGGAUCGUAACCACGCAGACGUGGCUCUGGAGAAGUAUGUGACAGAGACAGUGAUGGCCAUUGUCAAGGGUUUCUUCAGCUCACAGUUCUCUGUCAAUCACUCCAACCUGCAGACAAACCAGUCUGUCUUCAUCAAGCUGCUCCAGUCGGCUUUUAGGUUAUACAACUGCACCUGGAUCAACUCAGCUCAGAAGACUAAUAUCGAGAGCUGUAUCAAAACACUGGCUGACGUGGCUAAGGCACGGGCCAUAGCCAUCCCGGUUGACCUGGACAGUCAGGUCAACACGUUGUCUCUCAAGGUCCACAGCAACAUGGUGCAGCGGGCAGCCAAAGACUGGAGGACCUCUGCCCGCACGCGACCUCGAAAGGAGCCUCUGGGGGGCCCGGACUACAAGAACAUUAUUGAGAAGCUGCAGGGGGUUGUAUCCUGUCUGGAGGAGCAGUUCAGUCCGAAAGUUCAAGCAGAAUUUUCUGUGCUGGUAGAUGUCCUUCACAGCCCUGAGCUCCUGUUUCCAGAGGCCGCUCGGUUACGCUGCGAGAGUGGAGCUUUCAUGUCCAAACUAAUCAAACACACCAAGAAGCUCAUGGACAAAGAGGAAAAGCUGUGCAUCAAGAUCCUGCAGACACUCAGAGAGAUGCUGGGCAAGAAGGAAUGCUUUCAGGAAUCCGGAAACGAGUUAAGAAAGAUUCUCCUCACACGCUACUUUGGAAAUCAAAAGCUCCACUCCAAGUCAGAGCUUGGAAGUGGAAACAGCUCUUCUGGCGGCUUUGUCAAGCCAUCGUCUGGAGGAGGCUCUCCCAUGUUGGACUCUGACAAGCCCGGUAGCAGUAUGGUGGAGAUCCAGUGUCUCUUGGACAAUGUUGGAGCUUCAGAGCUGGUAAUUGACCUCAUUGUCAACACCAAGAAUGACCGGGUGUUUGAGGAGAGCAUCCUGCUGGGCAUCGCUCUGCUACAGGGUGGAAACACGCAGAUACAGAACUCAUUCUACGGCCAACUCUUCAAGCAAAAGAAGUCUGAGAAGUUCUUCAAGGUUUUCUACGACCGCAUGCGUUUGGCUCAGCAAGAGAUUCGAGCCACCGUGUCUGUCAACAUGUUUGAACUCAGCUGCAGAAAAAGGGAUGACGACAGUGAUGCCACUAAUGUCAGGUUCAAGAAAGGGAAAGACGGAACCCUUCAUAUGAGGGACGACAUGCGAGGGCAGCUGAAGGAGGCCUCCUCAGCGACCUCAAAGGCCUUCAAUGCCUUCAGGAAGGAACUAGACCCGGACCUCGAAGGCCUUGGCCAGAACAGUGAAAUCAUUGGGACUGAGGAAGCUAUAGAAGAGACUCAGAUGAGCCCUGCCAUCACAAUCAUGAAACCAAUCCUACGUUACCUACAGCUGCUCUGCGAGAACCACAACUCUGACCUGCAGAACUUCCUGCGCCACCAGAACAACAAGACUAACUACAACCUGGUGUGUGAGACUCUUCAGUUCUUGGACUGUAUCUGCGGGAGCACUACUGGAGGCCUAGGGCUGCUGGGACUUUAUAUAAAUGAGAGUAAUGUGGAUCUGGUUCGUCAAACCCUGGAAACCAUCACAGAGUAUUGCCAGGGACCCUGCCAUGAAAACCAGACCUCUAUAGCCAAGCAUGAGUCAAACGGCAUUGACAUUAUAAUAGCACUGAUUGUCAACUCAAUCAACCCCCUGGGGAAGAAUCGGCUGGACCUGGUGCUGGAGCUCAAGAACAAUGCCUCCAAACUCUUACUGGCUAUCAUGGAGAGCCGCCAUGACAGUGAGAACGCAGAGAAGAUUCUCUUCAAGAUGAGACCCACAGAACUGGUGGAUGUAAUGAAGGAAGCCUACGCCCAGGGUCUAGAGAGUGAGGAGGAUGAGGACAGCAUGGGAGACAUGAUCAAACCCAGAGACGUCGGACACAACAUUUACAUCCUGGCACAUCAGUUGGCCAGACACAACAAAAUCCUUCAGCAGAGCCUGAGGCCGGGGUCGACUCUGGGUUCCAGGUCAGGGGUGGACCCAGAUAACGAGAAGGACGACGCCCUUCACUAUUACGCAAAGCACACAGCUCAGAUAGAGAUCGUGCGUCAUGACCGCACCAUGGAGCAGAUUGUGUUUCCUGUCCCCAACAUCUGCGAGUACCUCACCGAGGAGUCCAAGCUGCACGUGUUCACCACCACCGAAAGGGACGACCAAGGCAGCAAGGUUAACGACUUCUUCCAGCAGUUUGACAACCUCUACAAUGAGAUGAGGUGGCAGAAGAAGAUAAGAAAAAAUAAGGCUAUGUUCUGGUUCUCGCGCCACAGCUCUCUUUGGGGGAGCAUCUCCUUCUACUUGGCCUGUCUGCUCAACAUUGCCGUGGCCGUAUUCUACCCGUUUGGUGAUGAUGGAGAUGAGGGCACCUUGUCCCCGCUCUGGAAUAUCUUGCUGUGGGUGGCGCUGGGGGUCUUCACCGUCUUACUUCCCGUCCUACCCAAACCGUGGGGCAUCCUGUUCUUCCUGGUCUCCCUCAUUUUACGUGCCAUCUACACUAUGGGCCUCGGCCCUGCUCUGUUGCUGCUGGGUACUGUCAAUCUGUUUAACAAGUUAGUGUUUCUUGUGAGCUUCGUGGGCAACCAAGGAACGUUCACUCGAGGCUACAAAGCGGUCGUGAUGGAUAUGCUCUUUAUCUACCACUUGGGCUACGCCAUCGUCUGUGUCCUCGGCCUCUUCGUUCACGAGUUCUUCUACAGCUUUUUGCUGUUCGACCUGGUGAUCCGAGAGGAGACGCUGCUAAACGUGAUCAAGAGCGUGACGAGAAAUGGCCGCUCCAUUAUUUUGACAGCUGUUUUAGCCAUCUUUCUGGUCUACUUCUUCUCCAUCAUCGGCUUCCUCUUCCUCAAGGACGACUUCCGCAUGGAGGUGGAUCGUCUUCCUUCACCGGAAAAAAUGGAUUCGUUGAGUAACGGCGGCAUUAAAGACUCAUGUUUAAAAGAGAGCUGCCCUGUUUCAACACCCAAGUCAGUUCCUGAUGAAGAUGACGGGACCGAGCGGGUCUGUGACACUCUGCUCAUGUGUAUAAUCACUGUACUGAAUCAGGGACUGCGUAAUGGAGGAGGUGUGGGAGACAUCCUGAGGAGACCCUCCAAAGAGGAGCCUCUCUUUGCGGCCCGAGUGGUUUACGACCUGCUGUUCUUCUUCGUCGUCAUCAUCAUCGUUCUCAACCUCAUCUUCGGUGUGAUCAUCGACACGUUUGCGGACCUGAGGAGCGAAAAGCAGAGGAAGGAGGAGAUCCUCAAAACCACCUGUUUCAUCUGCGGACUGGAACGGGACAAAUUUGACAACAAGACCGUGUCCUUUGAGGAGCACAUCAAAUCCGAGCACAACAUGUGGCACUACCUUUACUUCCUGGUUCUGGUGAGGGUGAAAGAUCCGACCGAGUACACCGGCCCCGAGAGCUACGUCGCCCAGAUGAUUGCAGAGAAGAACUUGGAGUGGUUCCCCCGCAUGAGAGCCAUGUCUCUGGUGAGCAGCGAGGGAGACAGUGAGCAGAAUGAGAUGAGGUCUCUGCAGGAGAAGCUGGACAGCACUGUCACCCUGGUGGCUCUGCUCUCGGGCCAGCUCUCUGAGCUCAAGGAACAGAUGACAGAACAAAGGAAGAACAAGCAGAGGCUCGGGUUCCUGGGUCCUCCUCAGCCCAACCAUCACAUCCCAGCUCACUGAGGACCGCGAGGCUCGGAAGGGGGACGAGCGGCUCGACUGCGGCCUGGCUAUCGAAUCGGAUAGAAAUGCAUACACGCAAACUCCAGCCUUAAGAACAAUACACGUAGUCAGAUGCACACCUACAACCGCGGUGUCGAGCUGCAAGAGGCCAACAAGUGUCGACACGUCAUUCUCGACACAGCGCCUUGUCUAAGACAUAAACACCGCCUUAUUGGAUACAAAAUGUGCCUUAUGCGCCCACUCAGCCACGGUGGCCACGCUCUGCAAGCCGUCUGUAUACAGAAGCACUCUGUGAAUGAUUGGCCAGGCACGGCACACAUCUGCCAGUGUGGCGUUACUGUGCCAGGCAGAGGUUGAGGCAAAUCUUAGGGUUAAUGGUUAAGUGUUUGGAGGGGUGUGUGGACGGCCAGUUCUUAGCCUGAAAUCCACCACUGUCACAGUGCUGAUCAGCCAGACUCACAGAGGUCAAUGUUUUACCUGCAGGGCAAGAGUGUGCAAUCUAACGUCCCUGUACUUUUUAGAUUUCAGCUGGUAUUUAUAAUAACAUUGUCGCUUCAUGACUAGAGUAUAACUGGAGUAUUAUUCUUUGCAAAAAGGAGUCUCAAGCUGCCUUAGUCGUUGACUUUUAUAGACGCACGUUUGUAAUUGCUGGAAAUGUGCAAUUUUUAAGAAACAAAUUUCAACCGGCAACUGGAAACAUGGGUUCCUUUGGGGUAUUAUUUCUGAGUCCUUUGUGUUCCGUCUAAAUAUGCACUCACUGCACCAGUUCAGUUGCCUUUUUACAUAUUUCUGCAGAGUAUAUAUUGUAAGUAACAUAAAUGUGAAUUAAAAAUAAUGAUUGCCUGUGCGAAACUUACUUGAAACAUUUUUUAAGCCUAAAUCUUACAUUGGUACACGAGCUAGUUCUCACCGAAGAUGAUAAACUCGCGGUUCUUUGUUACAAUAUGAACGUACCCCCCCGUCUGUCGAGAUGUCAGCUAAUACUGUAAUAUUUACUGUAUCUGCUCAUGUCAUCUUUAUCUUCUACUGUCUCUUAAAGUUAUUGUUUUUAGUAUGAAUCGUCUUUUCUUUUCCCUCUCGGACUGCAGUCGAUCGUUGAGUCCGCACUAGUGUUGUAAACUUGCACAAACGACUGGGAGAAUACGAGCACGUCCGCCUGAUAGCCACUGUCCCGUGAAACUGUCAAUUAAAACACAUUGUAUAGAAAAUGUAUUUUAUGUGGUCAGAUGUUCUAAUAAUAAAUUUGUAACAAGA